CAACAGCGGGGGCAGGGCCGGUGCCGCCUCCAUCUUGAGGCAGCUGCAGUGGCCGGGCCGGGCCGGGGCGGCCGGGGAUGGGGCGGCGGCGGCUGCGCUUGCCGUGACCGCGGGGCUGGGGCCGCUUCGCGUCUCUCCGGGGCCAGGAGGCGGUGUCGCCCCCGGCCCGAUCGCCGCUGUGGCCCGCCCCCCGCCCGGCAACGAUGAAGGAUUUGGAUGCCGUGGAACCACUGAGCAACGAAGCUUUCUGGCUUUUCAAACAGUUAAAUCUGCACCUGGAGCAAGAAUGGAAAUUUCAGCCUCGGGAGAAGGGGCUGAGCCUGAUUGAGCGCACAGCUGAGAAUGAAAACACGUUAUGUCCAAGACUAAGGAAUGCCAAGGUUGAAGAUCUUUGGAGUCUAACCAAUUUUUUUGGAUUUACAACUGAAACGUUUGUCCUUGCUGUCAACAUUCUGGACAGAUUCUUGGCUCUUAUGAAGGUGAAACCAAAGCAUUUAUCUUGCAUUGGAGUUUGUUGUUUUCAGCUUGCUGCUCGAGUAGUUGAAGAAGAAUGUGAUAUUCCAUCCACUCAUGAUAUCAUCAGGAUUAGCCAAUGUAAAUGCACUGUGUCCGACUUGAAACGGAUGGAAAAAAUAAUUUCAGAAAAACUGCACUUUGAAUUUAAAGCUACUACUGCCUUAACUUUUUUGCACUUGUUCCAUACUAUUGUACUCUGUCAUACCUCAGAAAGGAAAGAUGUAUUGAACCUUGAUAAAUUGGAAGCACAGCUGAAGGCUUGCAACUGCCGAUUAGUCUUUUCUAAAGCAAAACCAUCCAUAUUGGCCUUGUGUCUUCUGACUCUGGAAAUUCAAACUUUGAAAUCUGUUGAGCUGUUUGAGAUUCUUCUGCGUGUUCAGAAGCAUUCAAAGAUCAGUGAUAGUGAUCUGCUUUACUGGAGAGAGUUGGUUUCGAAAUGUCUAGCAGAUUAUUCUUCUCCUGAAUGUUGCAAACCAGAUCAUAAAAAAUUAGUUUGGAUUGUAUCAAGACGCACAGCUCAGAAUCUGCAAAAUAGUUACUACAGUGUUCCUGAGCUGCCAACAAUACCGGAGGGUGGAUGUUUCAAUGGAAGUGAGAGUGAAGACUCCUGUGAAGAUAUGAGCUGUGGAGAAGAAAGCCUUUGCAGUUCUCCUCCUAGUGAUCUGGAAGGCUCCUUUUUCUUUGACCUGAAUCUCAAGUCAAAGAAACAAGCUCUCAGCUGUCAGGCUCAGAAAUAAAAUUGCACUAGAUGAGGGUUUUUAACAUACCAUAGACUUUCUUAGCAAUAAUAUGAGUAGUAUGUCACAUACUUUUGCUUCAAGGCAGACUUGCUAUGGAAUAUUUAAGAGGCAAACCUUACAAGCUUUUAUUAAUCUGGCCAGAAUGAUCAGAGAUGAAAGCAAACCUUUGUUUAGGGCAGCUCAGCAAAAUACUUAAGCACAUGUGUAAUUCCAGUUGAAGUGGGCUAAUCAUACCUUGUGUAAGAUAUUCUGGUACCUUAUUGAGCUGGAUCUUACAGUAUCUUGGGCUGCUUUUAAUGGUAAAACUGCCUGAAAACACUUGUACUUAAACUGCAAAAAACAAAACAAAUGGUCACAUGCUAUAUUUGUUCUGGCAGGAAUAUUUUAAUCAAAAUGAUAUCUUUUAAUGGUAUACUUUAAAAGGAUUUUAAAACCUUUUGUUUUUGAAAAUAUGGGGAGUCCUGGUUUAAUCAGGAGUUUGCAUGAUGUAUUUUGGGAGGAAUAUAGGUUUUCUUCUAGACAGUACUUAAGUCCAUUUGUACAAACAAGGAUAACUUAAGUGUUGCCAGGAUUUGCUGGGGGGGGGUGUUUUUGUGGGGUUUUUUAAGUGUUGUUUUUUCUUAAACUAGUGCAGACAAGCUUGCACUGAAGUUCUUAACAUGAACUUCAGUAUUUUAAAAUCUUAGUGUUAACAUGUGAAUUCACACUAGACUAGGAAGUAUUUAACAUGUUAAAUUUGCUAAGUCUACAUUCCUUUAAAUAUUUAACCCUUGUAGUUGAUUUCAGUAUUUUCACAUUAUUAAUUGACUACAUAAUCUAACUUGUUUGCAUGCUUAGGUGAAAAAGGCUGGGGGGGAAGAGUUCGUAUUCUGCAGAAAUACUGGGUAAAUGUGAAGCUGAAAAUGAUUUGUUGUAAUGACAGUUGGUAAUGCAUUUUUGUGAAAGUACAGACUUAGCAUGGAUUGCAUUACUGCUAGGGUAGUUAGCAAGCGAGGAAACUCAUUGUGGAAUAACGGUAUUAGUAUGGUGGUGCCAAAGUAGAAAUGAAGGGGCAACAAGCUAACGUUAAUUGUUGUUAGAUGUGAACAUCUUUUGAAGAUGUGCAGAGAGAUGUGAAUGGUGCUGUUAAGCUCAUAAAUGUUUUAUACUUUUUGGUUUUACAAACAUACAAAAAAUGUAUAUAAAAAUGUAAAUUCAAAAAAUGUACAGAAAAAAAUUUAAAAUCUUAAAACAAGCAAACAAUACUGUAUUUUUUUACAUUGUGUAUGUAACUUUCUGUAGGUAUGUUGCAUGUAGAUAUUAAUUUAUUGUGUAUCCUGUAUGAUAUAAAUACUGUGUAUUACAGACUUGCCUUUUUACUGCAAGCUUCAACAUCCAACAAGAUGUUUUCUGAAACAGAUGACCUCUGUCUGAGGUGGUUUAACCUACUGAGCUUUGCUACAGUUCAAAAUAAAAAUAAAGCAACUGUUUGUA